AUGCAUUUUAACACCACCCAAAAACAGUCAGAGCACCUGAUGGAUCUUCUGAUUGGCCACCAGAAAUGCAAGAGGCCAAGAAGCAUUGGUGUACCUCAGACUAGUAGGAAGCUAGUUAAGCCUUCACUUUUACAGAAGUAUAAGGAUAUGCAAUGGAUGGUACUAGCCAAUCACUCCCUUUGA